AUGGAGUUGAAAUCGUGUUUACUGAUCGCUUCACUGUUUGUCUUGGCUGCUACCGCAGAUAGACCAAGAGUGGAUGUUUCUACCGGUACGUUGAUCGGCACUGUCACUGAGUUUAGCAACGAAUAUGUUGACGGUACACACACAGUGCAUGUGUACCGGGGUGUCCCGUAUGCUGAGCCACCUGUUGGCGAGCUGAGGUUUGCUCCACCGAAACCCAAAACACCAUGGGAAGGGGAAUACGAUGCUAAGGAUUUCAUCGCUGCGUGCAUACAACCAUGGACCCCAACGGUACCGAUCGAUAAGAUCCAAGAUGAAGAUUGUCUUCAUUUAAACGUGUUUGUACCGAAAACACAGGUUUUACACUCCAAAAGUUAUGAAUAUUAUCUGCUGAAGUUAUUUAACCGUGCAGGUUUAGUGGGUACUUUACAUAGCCGUGCAGGUUUAGUGGGUGCUUUAAAUAGCCGUGCAGGUUUAGUGGGUACUUUACAUAGCCGUGCAGGUUUAGUGGGUACUUUACAUAGCCGUGCAGGUUUAGUGGGUACUUUACAUAGCCGUGCAGGUUUAGUGGGUACCUUACAUAGCCGUGCAGGUUUAGUGGGUGCUUUAAAUAGCCAUGCAGGUUUAGUGGGUACUUUACAUAACCGUGCAGGUUUAGUGGGUACUUUACAUAGCCGUGCAGGUUUAGUGGGUGCUUUAAAUAGCCGUGCAGGUUUAGUGGGUAAUUUACAUAGCCGUGCAGGUUUAGUGGGUGCUUUACAUAGCCGUGCAGGUUUAGUGGGUGCUUUACAUAGCCGUGCAGGUUUAGUGGGUGCUUUACAUAGCCGUGCAGGUUUAGUGGGUGCUUUACAUAGCCGUAUAGGUUUAGUGGGUAAUUUACAUAGCCGUGCAGGUUUAGUGGGUACUUUACAUAGCCGUGCAGGUUUAGUGGGUACUUUACAUAGCCGUGCAGGUUUAGUGGGUACUUUACAUAGCCGUGCAGGUUUAGUGGGUAAUUUACAUAGCCGUGCAGGUUUAGUGGGUGCUUUACAUAACCGUGCAUGUUUAGUGGGUACUUUACAUAGCCGUGCAGGUUUAGUGGGUGCUUUACAUAGCCGUGCAGGUUUAGUGGGUGCUUUACAUAGCCGUGCAGGUUUAGUGGGUGCUUUACAUAGCCGUGCAGGUUUAGUGGGUACUUUACAUAGCCGUGCAGGUUUAGUGGGUGCUUUACAUAGCCGUGCAGGUUUAUUGGGUGCUUUACAUAGCCGUGCAGGUUUAGUGAGUGCUUUACAUAGCCGUGCAUGUUUAGUGGGUACUUUACAUAGCCGUGCAUGUUUAGUGGGUACUUUACAUAGCCGUGCAGGUUUAGUGGGUGCUUUACAUAGCCGUGCAGGUUUAUUGGGUGCUUUACAUAGCCGUGCAGGUUUAGUGGGUGCUUUACAUAGCCGUGCAUGUUUAGUGGGUACUUUACAUAGCCGUGCAGGUUUAGUGGGUGCUUUACAUAGCCGUGCAGGUUUAGUGAGUGCUUUACAUAGCCGUGCAGGUUUAGUGGGUACUUUACAUAGCCGUGCAGGUUUAGUGGGUGCUUUAUAUAGCCGUGCAGGUUUAGUGGGUGCUUUACAUAGCCGUGCAUGUUUAGUGGGUACUUUACAUAGCCGUGCAGGUUUAGUGGGUGCUUUACAUAGCCGUGCAGGUUUAGUGGGUGCUUUACAUAGCCGUGCAGAUUUAGUGGGUACUUUACAUAGCCGUGCAGGUUUAGUGGGUGCUUUAUAUAGCCGUGCAGGUUUAAGUGGUAUAAAGUCUGUAAUGAUGUGGAUACAUGGAGGGGGUUUAAUGUCUGGUUCUGGAACUGAGAUGUAUGAUGCCACUAUUCUAUCUGCAUUGAAUGACGUCAUCGUGGUUACUAUCAACUAUCGUUUGGGACUGUUUGGCUUACUCAGUACAGGUGAUGAAGAAGUACCCGGCAAUGUUGGUUUUUUAGAUCAAGUAGAAGCACUUCGUUGGAUUCAACAGAAUAUUGCAGCAUUCGGUGGUGAUUCUUCCAGAGUUACAAUAUUUGGUCAGAGUGCUGGUGGUGGAAGUGCACAUAUUCACACCAUAUCUCCUCUAAGUAAAGGAUUGUUUAAGAGAGCUAUUAUACAGAGUGGUUCUGCAUCCUUGCCUGGAAUGUGGCAAUAUAAUACAACAUUGUCUAACCUGAUUGCCCAUGGUGUUGGCAAAAUUGUUGGAUGUGACGAGAAUACUUCCAAGGAUUUAGUUGAUUGUAUUCGUAAUGUACCAGCUGACCAGUUAAGAAAUAUAUCAGACCCAUCAAAUGGUUUACUUGCUAAUGCACUUGGAAUGCCUGGAGUUCAAUUUGCAUUUCUUCCUACAAUCGAUGGAUAUUUUAUUACGGAGGAUCCAAUGGAUACAAUUUUUAAAAAGAAGGCAUUCAAUGACGUGGAUUUGAUGAUAGGUACAGUUUCCAAUGAAGGAAUGAUGUAUCUCUUCUCCCUCUUUCCAGAUGCAGAAAGCGAAGGUCCUCUGACAUUAAACAAGACUACAUACGAGGCAAUGUAUCCCCAUUUCUUCUUUACUAUACAGCCAAAUGAAGCAGUGUUAGAUAUGACUAAACUACUGUACGUUGACUGGGCUCAUGUUGAUGAAGAAAACGCCAAUUAUUUAGAUGCAUUAAGCCAGAUGACAAGUGAUGUAUUCUUUAUAUGUCCCAUUAACCGUGCAGUACGUGCCGGUGUUGAAGCCGGACUCAAUACAUACGUAUAUCAAAUGACACAUGUACCUGCAAUGACAAUAUGGCCUUUGAAAACUGGCACAGCCGUGCAUGGUGAUGAACUAGGAUUUGUUUUCGGUUACAACAUGCUUUCCGAGAAACAGAUGGUACUUGGCGGAGAUAACACAACCAUGUUUAAAUGGACUACAAGUGAAGUAGAUGCUGAGCUGUCUUUACAAAUCAUGACAUACUGGACUAAUUUUGCUAAAACUGGUAAUCCUAAUCUCAGUUCACUGAGUGACGAAUCAAAUGACGAUGAUUGGCCAAUGUUCACCAUACCUGGUUUAGCAUAUAGAGAGUUAUCACCAUCCAUGGUGAAUCGUUAUGCAUUAAAGGCAAGACAAUGUGUAUUCUGGGAUGAAUUUGUACCAAAACUUCUGCAGUAUUCUGGCGAGUCAUGUGACCAGAAAGAAAAUUCUAUAUGUACUUCUGCUGCCGCCCUGGUGAUCUCUUCGGCAGCAGUGCAUCUAUUUUGUUGUACUGCUGUAGCACUGAAAGUGAUUCUUCCCUUGUGA